CUAAAAGAAAAUGGUAUGAUGCCACGUGUACCCUUGAAAGCCAAUGAAAACCCUCUAUAAAUAUCAACCAAAUGCAGAAUAUUAUUACCUUCAUCUCAACCCAUACAAGUCUUGCUUUCCAAUUUCACUUGAUUGUUAAUUAAUUUAUAUAUUGUUGAAGGAAUUAUGGACUCCAACAGGGCAGCUUUCAAUGCUGGACAGGCCAAGGGCCAAGCUCAGGAAAAGUGUGAGAACAUGAUAGACAGGGCUUCCGAUUCUGCUCAGUCUGCUAAGGAAUCCAUGCAAGAGGCUGGUCAGCAGAUGAAGGCAAAGGCCCAAGGAGCUGCUGAAGCUGUGAAGGAUGCAACUGGGAUGAACAAAUAAAUUCAGAUGCUAUUUAUUAUUGGUUUAUGAUUUUAUUUUUUCUUUUCUUUUUAGUUGUUUUAGGAAUUUUAUGUUUAACACUCUUUUGAUCUUUGUCACACAACAAGAGAAGUAGAGAACUCUCUCUACUCAUGUAGUUCUCACUUUUCAUUAUUAAUGAAUUAUCUUGAAUUUUAGUGAAACCUAAGUGAUGUCGCACAA